CAGGGUUCAGCACACGUUGAUUGCACAAUGUCGUGUUGCAGUGGCGUGCUUCUCGCCUCAUGAGCGUUCACAGAAGGCAGCUCGCUGCUGAGAUUGCAUUGGAUACACCUUCUUAGGACUUGUACAGGUAGCUCGGGGCGUCGUCGUCUUUCUCCAAAAGAAGCAUUCUGGUCGAUUGCCCUUCGUUCGGCCUUUGACCAUCAGCCAAACGACAUGCAUUGAGAACCAACUCUUGGAAACGUCCAGAAUCCUUUGAAAUCAUCUGAAAGUAUGGCGUGCUCCUCAGCAAUACAGGCUUUGAACUGCACCAAUCCAGUGGCCACAACACAGAAGCUAGAGACACCUAACUUCCAUAUGCAAGUUGCCCCACUCAGCAUUUCAUCGAUCUUAGGGGCCAGCCCCUGUCUGCAGACCUGGUCUCACUUCCCUGCACGCAUUGACAGCCUACUCCUGAGUGUGUGGCCCUCCUCUAAAACGGGCCCAGAUUGCACAAGAGGAAGGCGCCACAGUAGAGUGCGCACACGAGUCUGUAGUCAAGGUGAAAUUUUCAACCGAGGUGCAAGCGAGGAAGGAUCAAAUACAAGCCAACCGUCCACCUCAGGACGUUCAUCUAAUGACGAUCCCCCAACCAUAACACGGCGGUCCGCCAUUUUUCUGGCAGCAACGCCCUCCAUGCUUGUGGCACUGCCAGCACACGCAUACCGGGAUACAGAUGUCACUCUAGAGCAAGUGACGCCCCCCAUCACACCCGCGGGAAAGCUCCCGCCAUCUGAGGAGGCCACUGUACAGUUGUUUGAGCGCAGCACCUACUCGGUGGCCAAUAUAUUCGACGUGACACUGCGGCCACAGGCGAACAUGACGGGCUCCGUGGAAGUGCCCGAGGGGAAUGGGUCAGGGAUCGUGUGGGACUCGGACGGGCACAUCGUCACAAACUAUCAUGUUGUUGGGAGCGUUUUGUCCACCAAUCCGGGGACUCAGAAGGUGGUGGCGCGCGUGACGUUGUUAGGCACGGACGGCCUGCAGAAGACGUAUGAAGCAUUGCUGGUGGGAGCAGACCGCACCAAAGAUCUGGCCGUGCUCAAGGUGUCAGCUCCGCCGUCAGUGUUGCGCCCUUUGCAGUUGGGCGAUUCCAGCCUCCUACGAGUGGGGCAGCGAUGUCUGGCAAUCGGGAAUCCUUUUGGCUUCGAUCAUACGCUAACAACUGGCGUCGUGAGCGGACUUGACCGCGACAUCCAGUCCGUCACGGGAGUGCUCAUCGGAGGGGGCAUCCAGACGGAUGCAGCGAUCAAUCCAGGAAACAGCGGCGGCCCGCUUCUGAACAGCCGCGGCGAGCUGAUCGGCAUCAACACGGCCAUCUACAGUCGGUCCGGGACGUCGUCGGGCAUCGGGUUCGCCAUCCCGGCGGCCACCGUGCAGCGCGUGGUGCCGCAGCUCAUCCAGUACGGCAGGGUUAUGCGGCCGAGCCUGGCCGUUCAAAUUGCCAACGAACUCGUGGCUCGACAGGUUGAUGUUUCUUCGGGAGCGCUAAUUCUGGCGGUAACUCCAAACAGCGCAGCGGCGAAAGCGGGGCUGCUGCCGACGCGGCGGGGGCUGGGAGGAAACAUCGUUCGGGGGGAUGUUAUUGUGGGCUUGAAUGACACCCCCAUUGUGAAACCCAUCGACUUGGCAAAAACGUUUGAUACCCUCCAAGUAGGAGUGACGGUCACGCUCAAGGUACAAAGGGAAGGUCAGCUACUCGAGUUGCCUGUCGCACUUGAAGAGAGUUCGGGACGGUGAGAAAGUUUUGAUACUCGUUGGAUCAUGGUUCUGUCGAUCAUGUAGCAAAGGACUCCAGGAUGUCUGGAGCUCUGGUUUUUGUUCGGCGCUUGCAGCCUGCGUCACCAGCUUGCUGUGUACAUGACAGACUCUACAGACCAUGUCAAAGUUAAGGCAAUCUCAGGUUGAUAGUUCCUGCAGAUGGCUGCCAACAUCGUGCCAGCUGCUCCCCUCAAAAACGUUGGACGGCUGCCAUCACUGCAUUCUUUGAACUCGGCUUUGAAGACUGCUAGCG